AUGUUCAAUGACUUGUGCAAGAGAAGUCUAUGCCAAACAAACAACUCACCUGUCUCCGCUCCAAACCACUCGCCUGUCUCCGCACCAAACCACUCGCCUGUCUCCGCACCAAACCACUCGCCUGUCUCCGCUCCAAACCACUCGCCUGUCUCCGCUCCAAACCACUCGCCUGUCUCCGCUCCAAACCACUCGCCUGUCUCCGCACCAAACCACUCGCCUGUCUCCGCACCAAACCACUCGCCUGUCUCCGCUCCAAACCACUCGCCUGUCUCCGCUCCAAAACACUGUCUCGCCUGUCUCCGCACCAAACCACUCGCCUGUCUCCGCACCAAACCACCCGCCUGUCUCCGCACCAAACCACCCGCCUGUCUCCGCACCAAACCACCCGCCUGUCUCCGCACCAAACCACCCGCCUGUCUCCGCACCAAACCACCCGCCUGUCUCCGCAACAAACCACUCGCCUGUCUCCGCACCAAACCACUCGCCUGUCUCCGCACCAAACCACUCGCCUGUCUCCGCACCAAACCACUCGCCUGUCUCCGCACCAAACCACUCGCCUGUCUCCGCACCAAACCACUCGCCUGUCUCCGCACCAAACCACUCGCCCGUCUCCGCACCAAACCACUCGCCCGUCUCCGCACCAAACCACUCGCCCAUCUCCGCACCAAACCACUCACCCGUCUCCGCACCAAACCACUCACCCGUCUCCGCACCAAACAACUCACCCGUCUCCGCACCAAACAACUCACCUGUCUCCGCACCAAACAACUCACCUGUCUCCGCACCAAACCACUCACCUGUCUCCGCACCAAACCACUCACCUGUCUCCGCACCAAACAACUCACCUGUCUCCGCACCAAACAACUCACCUGUCUCCGCACCAAACAACUUACCUGGGAUAAAACAACUCACCCAGUCACAGAUUUCCAUUUAUAUUUAAUAUGA